CGCAGAUCUCACAGCGCGUGGAUAAGUCUACCGCACUACGGCCAUGACCACGGCUGUGACACACACACAUAGCAGAGAUACAGACGGUGUGGGACGCAGCCGCUCUUCAAGGCACGAAGCAACAGCAGCAGCUGUCAUGUGAAUCAGCUGGACGAACAAGGAAGGACAUAAACAACAGCACGAUUCCAAAUUUCUAACUCCAGAUUAUUGCCAGUGAGAUUGCAGGAUGGCGGGAGCAGGGGUGUACACCCCUGCAAACCCCACCUGCAAGAUUAUGACUUUCCGGCCCACCAUGGAAGAGUUCAGAGACUUCAACCAGUACCUGGUUUAUAUGGAGUCUCAGGGUGCACACCGUGCAGGUUUGGCAAAGGUCAUUCCUCCUAAAGGCUGGAAGCCCCGUCGCACGUACGAUGAUAUCGACGAUUUGAUGAUCGAUGCUCCCAUUCAGCAGAUGGUGGCCGGCCAGUCGGGGCUCUUUACUCAGUACAACAUCCAGAAGAAGCCUCUUAGUGUGCAGGAGUUCAGGCGAUUGGCUAACAGUGACAUGUACUGUACACCUCGCUACCUGAAUUAUGAAGAUCUUGAGAGGAAAUACUGGAAGAAUCUCACUUUUGUCUCCCCCAUCUAUGGUGCUGAUGUCAGUGGAAGCCUCUACGAUGAGGAUGUGGAAGAGUGGAACAUUGGCCAUCUGAACUCCAUCCUAGAUGUCAUCGAGGAGGACUGUGGCGUUUCCAUACAGGGGGUCAACACUCCAUAUCUUUACUUUGGCAUGUGGAAGACCACUUUUUCCUGGCACACUGAAGAUAUGGACCUGUACAGCAUCAAUUACCUUCAUUUUGGAGAGCCCAAGUCCUGGUAUGCCAUCCCCCCUGAGCAUGGGAAGAGGCUAGAGCGUCUGGCUACAGGUUUUUUUCCUAACAGCUUCAAGGGGUGUGAAGCUUUCCUUCGUCACAAGAUGACUCUGAUCUCCCCUUCUGUACUGAAGAAGUACGGCAUUCCUUUUGAUAAGAUUACUCAGGAAGCUGGAGAGUUCAUGAUCACCUUUCCCUACGGUUACCAUGCUGGAUUCAACCAUGGCUUCAACUGUGCAGAGUCCACUAACUUUGCCACCGUGCGCUGGAUAGACUACGGCAAAGUGGCCACACAGUGCACAUGUAGCAGAGACAUGGUAAAGAUAUCCAUGGAACCCUUUGUGAAGCGUUUUCAGCCUGACCGGUAUGCUAACUGGAUGGUGGGCAAAGAUUCAACGCCUAUAGACCACACCCAAGCCACUCCCAGUUCAACACCAGAGCUGCAGAGCUGGUUACAGAGACGCCAUAAGACCAAGUCUACAAACAAAGGCAGCAGCCACUCUCGAAUGCGCUCCAAGCGCCUCAGGACCACAGAGGAGCCAGUUGGCCUGGAUGGCAGCUCGGUGUUGAACAGCAGCAAGAGGAAAAGCCAGGGUGGUCCGUCUGCUCCCAAGGUGCGAAAAUCUGUGGCAGGGACAACUUGCAAGGAAGAGAAGGAGAAGAAGAAGGAAGCUGAGUCCAAGCACAACCAGAAUCCAAACUUUGUUCAGCUUGCUAGUCCUUGCAGACAGAUGUGUGUGGUCAAGGUAAAUCGUGUUGAGAGCAAAUGUUUGCGGUUUUCUAAUAAGGACGUGUCUAGUAACCCCCCCUCCACCUCACCUGCUUCACCACUGAAGAAUGAAACAAUUAUCGAUCCCCAGUACCUCUCAGGAUCAGGGGUUACAAGCAGGACUCCUGAAGGACUCAGACCAAGUCCUGAGGCUAAUCAGAUGCAUCUGAGAAUCAAGGAGUCAGUGUGUUGCUCCGCUGUACCUCAAGACCUCCCAGAUUGUGUAAACUCUACCAGGGUUCCUCCUCUGGAGGCCAAAAAACUCAGCUCACCUUCACAUGCAAACACUUCAUCUGAGACUGUAAUAGACUCCAAGCUGUCUGCUUCCUCAUCUUCAAGCCUAACUAUAAACAUGGGCAACAGCACAAACACAGGUACAAAGAAAUGCACUAACACUGUUAAAGCGGGGAAAAUGGACACACAUGUUAAACCACACUCCGCUUCAGAUGCACUUUCUGAUCUCAAGAUUGAGCCAGCAGAGGGCGAUAGCUGCACACCAGGUGGAUCUUCCUCUGCCUCUCAAUGCAUUUGGAAUGGAGGAAAAGGCAGCAUUGAGGAAAGACUUUUCCCUCCUCUUCUGCAGAGGAAUGCAGUGGAUAUGCCACAACUAACACCAGAACCAGCUGAUAAGGUUGGAAUUUGCCCUUUACCACCUGUGUUAACCCAAGAGAUGCCCUCCCUCACCCCUGCUGAUGAUGGGCUGACUGAUUUCCCAAAGUCUACAUUGUGCAGCCACCAGAGCGCACCUGUGCUACAGAGGGAGACGCCAACUGGCUCUCCAUCUUCACAAGGAGCCAAAGAAGAUCAUUUAAAACCAUCAACAGAACCUUGUGCAGCAGAACAUGCCAACUGCUGGCAUUUAGAUUUACCAAUUAGUUGUGAAGAGGCUGCAAUGUCUGGUUUAGAGGGAAGCAUGCCUCAUUUAACUGCCAGUGGUUUGCACAAAAUAACAUCUGGUGCUGACCAUGAAAUGCUAAUAAUACCUGCAGCUGCUCCAGAAAAGGAUCACACAAAGCUGGAAAAAAGGACUCCUGGACAGUUAGUUCAUAGAACUGCUCCUCAAAGAGAGCCACAACCCAGCUUACCAGAUACAAAUAAAAAGAACUCCAAAGACCCAGCUCAAAGAGACUCCCUUCUAGCCCCCAUCACUCCUUUAUGCAAUCAAAAUGGCAACCACUCAUCGUUACAACUUAAUCACCACUCCACAUACUCCUCCUCCCUUUGUAAUUCCCAGAAUGAAUACAUGGAACCAAAAACCUUCUCCGGUAGCGUCUGGAAAAACUUUAAUUCCCAGUGUCCUGCGGUUCUCAUCCAGAGUCUGCACUCAGAGCUCCCUUCUGACUUCUCCCACGACCCUCUGUCUUACACCAUGUGGACCGAGCCACAAUGCAAAGAGGUCACAGACCUGGAAGAUGCAGCAAAAGACCUCCGUCAGUCAGAAAACCAGGAAAAUGAAGGUGGGCCUCUAACUUGGGCCCAACUUGAGCCCACCUCUCUUCUUUCAGUUGGUACUAUGGAUCCUCUGGGACUUUGUGACGAUUAUGCUCUACAACGAGAUGACGUAGAUGGGACUGAAUCCCUGUCACUGAGUAGGGAAGCUGGGAGACAAAGGGAGGCAGAGGAGCGUCUACACUCAGAAAUGGCAGCUUCUUCUGUCAGGACAGGAAGGGGAGAACAGGAUGGGGUGUCCGAUAUGGAAUUAGGGGGAUUCGAUGGUGAAGAUGCAGAGCAGCAAAGUAGUGCUAAAGGAGAGAGCAGCAGCGAUUCAUCUGAGGAGGAAGAAGAAGAAGAGGAGGAGGAGGAAAAUGAUGAAAGUAGUUAUGAAUGUGAAGAAUCAGGCCUGGAACCUGGGGAGGUUUGUGCUUACCCUGCCAUGUCAGCAAAAAUGACCACUAAGAGCUGGCGUCACCCACUAAGGAAACCCACCGCAAGAGCAGUGCCCACUGCUGUCAAACAACAGACUGCCAGCGACGAGGAGCCCCCUGAAGCUAGCCUAGCAGAUGAGGAGGAGCAGGAAAUGGAAGCAUGGGCAAAGCCCCUUGUCCAACUUUGGCAAAACAGAAAGAGCUGCUUCACAGCAGAGAGGGAGUACAACGCUCACGCAGCCACCAUGCAGCCAUACUGUGCUGUGUGCACACUCUUCAUGCCCUAUUAUCAGGCUGAAGACAAAGCUGAGGACAUUAAAUCUACCACAGCUAAGGAUGCCUCUGAAUCAUCCUCUCCAACGAAGGGCCCUUCACCUCCCUGCAGGGGGUUAAAGAGGACCAAGCCCCUGGUCCCUGAGAUCUGCUUCUCUUUCCGGGAGCAGAACUGCCCCCCAACUCCUACUAACCCUCUGCUGCAGGAGGAUGGAACCUCCCCUCUUCUCUCCUGCCAAGGCUGUUGCCUGCAAGUCCACGCAAGUUGCUACGGUGUUGCAGCAGAUGACAUCAGUGAACAGUGGUCAUGUGAUCGCUGUACAGAAGGAGGCUUUGCAGCAGAAUGUUGUCUCUGUAACCUCAGAGGUGGAGCUCUGAAGAAAACCCAAAACGACAAAUGGGCCCAUGUGAUGUGUGCAGUAGCACUGCCAGAGGCAAGGUUCAGGGAUGAAGCCAAGAGGAGUCCCAUUGACAUCAGCAGGAUCACAAUGCAGCGAUAUAAACUGAAGUGCAUCUAUUGUCGUAGCCGCUGCGCAGGGAAGCGGCAGGCAGGGGCUUGUAUCCAGUGCUCAUGUGGCCGGUGUCCCACCUCCUUUCAUGUGACCUGUGCCCAUGCUGCCGGUGUAAUCAUGGAGCCGGAUGAUUGGCCGUAUGUCGUGUCAGUCACCUGCCAUAGACACCAGUCACGGAGUUCUUCAGCUAAACAGCGGGCGUGCCAAACGUCCAUCUCACUGGGCCAGACGGUGAUCUCCAAACACAAGAACCUGCGCUACUACAGCUCCAAAGUCACCCAGAUCACCUCCCAGACGUUCUACGAGGUCAUGUUUGAUGACGGCUCUUUCUCUAAUGACACCUACCCGGAGGAUAUCGUGAGCAGAGACUGUGUGAACCUCGGUCCUCCAGAAGUUGGGGAGACUGUUCAAGUAAAAUGGCCUGACGGGCUGUUCUAUGGUGCUAAAUACCUGGGAUCUAGCGUCUCCUACAUGUACCAGGUGGAGUUUGAAGAUGGGUCUCAGGUGCUGGCAAAAAGGGAAGAUGUCUAUACGUUAGAUGAAGACCUCCCUAAGAAAGUGAAGCGCCGACUCGUAAGUGUUAGACGUGCUCGGAAACUCAACGGCCUCAAGCAUGCGUUUCCAGGAUGCCUUCUUCACCACGCAGGGGGAGAGGAAACGACACAGGACGCCAAAUUCCCGUUUCCAAAAUGACUAUGUGGCCCUGCCAGGCCUCCGUACAACUGCCAAAAGCACAUGGGAGCAGCGCAGCCACAAAGGGAAAUGAAGUCAUGGAGAAGGACUGAUGACAAACGAAUGCACUGAGUUAACAGUGGAUGUACAGGAGAGGUUGUUUUGUGCGAGUGUAUGGUUGUAAGAUUUUUGGAUCCACUUCCGUGUUAACAGCUACAGCCCACAAAGCCCCCGUGCAAAGCUCAAGAUUACAGGAAGUGAUGACAAGGGAGUGGGAGACUUGGAUUGUGUGGAUGCUGAUUUGUGAGUGCUUGUACAUUUUAAGCCAGUGAUCGGUGUGGUUGGUGUGAAGGGCUGGAGAGGAACUCUGAUAGGACUCAUACACAGCAGGUUAACAGAGGGCGCUGCUGCCUCAGUUGCCUCGAGCUUUCAGAUCCAUCAGGGAAAUUAAACGUGACUUACAAAUGUCACACAACCCUUUUUGAAUUAUACUUUUUUUUUUUCCUUUGUAAAUCAGAAGUUCAAGUUUUUCUAAAUAGCCCACCUAUAGUAGCAUUAUUUAAGUGGGGGUCUUUAAUUUCUAGUUUUGAUUAUGAAUGUUUAUGUAUUUGGUUUGUAGUAUUUUCCUCUUGUUUUCCUCGCAUGUUCUACACUGUCUAACUGCUUCUGCUGGGCCCGAUCCGAUUACACUACGAUGGCUUCCUCUCUGCAUGUUUGUUCUUUUUAAUGGAUGUGGGAAUUCUGUCAUUUGGAAACGGAAAAAGACAAUGAGCGAACAUGUUCAUAUGGGAACAUGUACAGACAGGAAGCCAUGCCCUUGUGUUGGAUUUUACCCUUUAAACGUGAAAUGCUACUGUUGCUCUGUUGAAUGAGACACAUUGUUGAAAUUAUUUAAAAUUUGUAUUUAUUUUUGGCUUGCUAUAUUGCUAUAACUAUUGCUAACUGCUGUAAGAAAAACAAUAAAAAUCUUUUUUCUUUUUUGUUUUUAAAAUAGUAAAAUUCUCCCACUAAGAAUUGAACUGGAUGUUUCAGGAGUCAUAAAGUUUGUGGCUUUUUGAGACACAAGUUAGGGGAA